UCGUACAUAUCAAUGUCUGAACAAAGUAACUCAGCUCAAUUUCUCUCUGUCUUAUCCCUUCAGAUUUUAGAGAGAGAAAAAACACAGCCCGAACCUUUCUUUUCUUCAUUUCACCGUCGUCUCUUCACUAAUGGCAUCUAAGUUUCAAUCCACUGUUACCCAUCUUUACAAACCCUACAAAAACCCUAUUUAGCAUCACUUUGAGGAUCCCUAUAUAGUGUUUGCUGCCGCCGCCGCCAUCAUCCUCUGUUUUUUUAGGGUGGAGUUGCUGAAAAUGGCGUCAACGCCGCCGCAUUGUUCGAUCACAGCUACAACAAAGCCUUAUCAGAACCAUCAGUACCCACAAAACCACUUUAAAAGCCACCGUAAUCACCACCAUAACAACAACCGUAACCAACCUCACCCCCAAAAAUUCUCCCUUUCCAAACCCCCUCCUUCGUCUUCCAAUGCUACGAAACACACCACCGCCGCCGCUUCUGCCGCUACUGCCUCCUCCGCCCGUGCUCCAAUCUCCCAGACUCCUGCUCCUUUCCCUUCACUCGCCCCUGACUUCUCCGGCCGCCGAUCGACUAGGUUCGUCUCGAAAAUGCACUUGGGCCGGCCUAAAACUACCGUCAACACACGCCAUACUUCUGUAGCUGAAGAAGUCCUUCAACUCGCCUUGCUUAAUGGCCAAACCAGCCUCGAAAACGUCCUCGUCUCGUUCGAAUCUAAGCUCUGUGGCUCCGAUGACUACACUUUCUUGCUUCGAGAGCUUGGGAACAGAGGUGAGCAUGAAAAGGCCAUUAAAUGUUUUCAAUUCGCUGUUAGAAGAGAAAGAAGAAAAAAUGAACAAGGCAAAUUAGCUAGUGCCAUGAUCAGUAUACUUGGUAGAUUGGGUAAAGUUGAACUUGCCAUGGGUAUUUUCGAGACUGCAUUAAGGGAAGGUUAUGGAAACACUGUUUAUGCUUUCUCAGCUUUAAUUAGUGCUUAUGGGAGAAGUGGGUAUUAUGAUGAAGCCAUAAAGGUUUUCGAUUCCAUGAAAAACUAUGGGUUGAAGCCGAAUUCUGUUACUUAUAAUGCUGUGAUUGAUGCUUGUGGGAAAGGAGGUGUAGAGUUUAAACGGGUUGUGGAGAUUUUCGAUGAGAUGUUAAGUGGUGGAGUGCAGCCGGAUCGGAUAACGUUUAAUUCUUUGCUUGCGGUAUGUAGUAGAGGCGGUUUAUGGGAAGCUGCAAUGAAUUUGUUCAGUGAGAUGGUUAAUAGAGGGAUUGAUCGAGAUAUUUUCACUUAUAAUACACUUUUGGAUGCUGUUUGCAAAGGUGGACAAAUGGAUUUAGCUUUUGAUAUUAUGGCGGAAAUGCCUGCGAACGUUUUGCCUAAUGUUGUUACUUAUAGUACUAUGAUUGAUGGGUACGCAAAGGCCAGUAGAUUCAAUGAUGCACUCAAUUUGUUUAAUGAAAUGAAGUUUUUGGGUAUUGGUUUGGAUAGAGUUUCGUAUAAUACGCUGCUUUCAAUUUAUGCAAAGCUUGGUAGGUUUGAGGAAGCUUUAGAUAUUUGCCGGGAGAUGGAGGGUUCGGGGAUUAGGAAGGAUGUUGUAACAUACAAUGCGCUUUUGGGUGGAUAUGGGAAACAAGGGAAGUAUGAUGAAGUUAGAAGACUGUUUGAUGAGAUGAAAGCACAAAGGGUAUCACCUAAUUUAUUGACUUACUCGACCGUAAUCGAUGUUUAUUCAAAGGGUGGUUUAUAUGAGGAGGCGAUGGAUGUGUUUAGAGAGUUUAAGCGAGCGGGAUUGAAGGCUGAUGUUGUGCUAUAUAGUGCAUUAAUUGAUGCUUUGUGCAAGAAUGGGUUGGUGGAAUCUGCUGUAUCAUUGCUCGAUGAGAUGACAAAGGAAGGGAUUAGGCCUAAUGUUGUUACGUACAAUUCUAUAAUUGAUGCUUUUGGUCGGUCUACAACUUCUGAAGGCUUAUCUGAUACUGGUCAGAUCAGUGAGUUGCAAACCAAAACUUCUUCGUUGGUCAUUGAACGUGGGAUUGAAGCUGAUUUAACAGACGGGGAGGAUAACCGGAUCAUAAAAAUAUUCGGGCAGCUGGCUGCUGAGAAAGGAGAUCAAGCAAAGAAAGGUUGUGGAGUCAAGCAGGAAAUCUUAUGCAUCUUGGAAGUUUUUCAAAAGAUGCACGAGUUGGAAAUUAAACCGAAUGUCGUCACCUUUUCAGCUAUCUUAAAUGCUUGCAGCCGCUGUGAUUCAUUCGAGGAUGCUUCAAUGUUGUUGGAAGAGCUCCGGUUGUUUGAUAAUCAGGUGUACGGUGUUGCCCAUGGGCUUCUUAUGGGUUAUAGGGAGAAUGUUUGGAUCCAGGCUCAAUCCCUGUUCGAUGAAGUAAAGUCAAUGGACUCGUCAACUGCUUCUGCCUUUUAUAAUGCCCUGACUGACAUGCUGUGGCACUUUGGUCAGAAACGGGGAGCCCAACUGGUUGUUCUCGAAGGGAAACGCCGGCAAGUAUGGGAGAAUGUAUGGUCUAAUUCUUGCCUAGAUUUGCAUCUUAUGUCAUCUGGUGCUGCUCGAGCAAUGGUGCAUGCAUGGUUGCUAAACAUACGUUCUGUUGUUUUCGAAGGUCACGAAUUGCCGAAACUGUUAAGCAUUUUGACAGGUUGGGGCAAACAUAGCAAGGUAAUUGGUGAUGGUGCACUAAAGCGGGCCGUUGAAGCUCUCCUGACUGGCAUGGGUGCACCCUUUCAGCUUGCUAAGUGUAACUUAGGUAGAUUCAUAUCUAAUGGUCCAGUUGUCACCGCGUGGUUAAGAGAAUCGGGCACCCUAAAGUUACUUGUUCUUCACGAUGAUAGAACCCAUCUCGAAAACACUAGGUUUCAAGAAAUCUCAAAUUUACAGACAAUCCUAUUGUAGCAGUGUGUAUAAAGAAAGAACCAUUCAAGUCGUA